AUGUGUUGGAAUUCACUGUUCAAAGUUCAGAAGGUCCUCCCGAACGCCUCUAGGAACAACACUGUCUGCAAUAAAGUGGAUCAGAACAAUGAAGAGCUCCAGAAGGCUAGGUGCUCCAAGAAAAAAACGAAGUCCAAGAACUUAGGGAAGCCUAAGGAGUCGAAGGCCAAGUCAUCACCUUUUGCCUUCCCAACCUCUCACAUCCUUGCUGCCAAUAAGUAUCACAUCCCCUGCCCUGAGGUGCAAGGCCUCUGGGUGGUAGAGAAGUUCCUUUUCAGGCCCUUCCUAGCUUUCUUCACAGGCUCCCCUGAGCUGGCUGCACAGCAGCUGUCUCAGGGCCAGGCUAGAGGACCAGGCCUCGGUCCUGCUCUACUUACUGCUAUUCUCCUUUCCAGGAACAACACUGUCUGCAAUAAAGUGGAUCAGAACAAUGAAGAGCUCCAGAAGGCUAGGUGCUCCAAGAAAAAAACGAAGUCCAAGAACUUAGGGAAGCCUAAGGAGUCGAAGGCCAAGGUGGGGAUGCCGGGGAGGAAAAAGGUUCGGAAAUCAUGUGCAGUGGUGCCAGAGGGAGAAGAACAGGUGGAGUCUGAGGUCCCAGAGUCAUCGAGGGGUCAUGGCCUGACCACGUGCCCUGGAGCCUGGGGGAGGCAACUACCCACUAGGGACCCUGGAGUUGUUUUCCUGAAGACCCACCAUGGGGACACGGAGCAGCUGGAAGUAGCUGAGCAGGGGAGCUGGUUUGAGGGGCUGCCCACGCGAAUCCAUCUCCCAGGACCCCGGGUGAUGUGCAGGUCAUCUACCUUGCGCUGCAUCAAGCGCUGCUGCACCCGCUUCUGCUCUGCAUCACUUGAGCUGCCUAUGUGCCAUCCAUACAGGAUGUGACAACGCCACUGCCAGGCCAGGGUGAGAUACGGGCCCCAAGCCAGGUCCAGAGCUGGGCCCCAGAAUCAGAGGGCUCAGAAUACGGUCUUGGGGGCUGUGGCUGGCAGUGCUGGGAGGCCUCACCUUCAUGACUAGAAAGGGAAGCUCAGGGAGGGGGAAGUCAUUGACCAAGACCACACACCAGCCUAGUGGCUAGAACGGAGCCUCUCGGGAUCCAACUAGGGGCACUUAAGGAAGGAGAGGCACACUCUGGGAGUGUGGCCUCUGAGGUGGGUGGUCAUCCCACUGGCUGGAGGCCUCAUGAGGGGCCACAACUGCUACGACUCAGAAUCUCACAGAAGUCUGAGUAAGCAGUUCAGGAAUUUCUAAAUGUUGGGGGAAGUGAUGUGGUCAAGUAGGGCUCUGCCACUUCCCAUCCCCUCUCGGACCAAGUCACCUCUCCAUUUGUUUUUCUAUUCAUGCUUCAAAUUAAUUUACCCUGAAAAAGUUCCUUAGCAUGAAAAAGAAAGAAAAUACUCCAGGCCCUCUGAGAGAGAAUUCAGAUCCCCAAAAAGGAAGGGGGUGAUGGGCUUGGAAGUCCAGUGGAAAAGGCGGCUUCCCCUUCACAAAACCCACAUCUCCAACCUGCGAGACAUUGCAGAGCCCUGUCCCUAAGCCCUCUCCCUGGACGGCAGCGCCUCCUGGGGGUGCUCUUAUCUCCUGACACUGAAGUCUCUGCUCGCAGGUGGUGUGACCUCGGAUGGGAGCCAGAGUGUGAGCACAGAGAGGAGAUUGUACAAUCAUCUGAAUGGGAGAGUUGGACAGGAAAAUUUGGAAGUAUACAAAUAAAACCUGCCAUAUGGCACUGAAGAAUACUUCCGCUAGCUCUGCUUGUCUGCCUGGGGCUAAGAAAGCCUGGAAAGAGAGGCCCUCUGUGGAGGUGGGGGGAAAGUGUGCAUCAAGAAUUCAGGCUUCUUCCACCCCAUUGCCAGGCCCCUAAGGUCAGUCUAGAACCCGGAACAAAGAAGCCAGGGGGCUGCACCCUUCCCCACGACCCCUAACUGGCCUCCUGAGUGGUGUACUCUAUGAAGUCAUAGAAAGGGAACAUUUCCUGGGUGCUUUCUGGGUGUUUCCUGGAUGCCAGAUGCCUCACAAUAGCCUUUCAAGCCCAGGAGAAAAGGAAACCACGGUGCUGAGAAGGAAAGUACUUGCCCAAGCUCACACCACUAGGAGGCAUGGAGCAAGAACUCUAAUCUCCUGGCUAUUCCCCAUUCCCUUUUCUGAAGAAAGGAAAGAAGCCCAAGGGAGCAUCCAUCCAGCCUGUCAUGCACAUGCAUUUUGCCCUGAUUAUCUCAGCUCUGGUGUCAAUAAAAGGGUGUCAUUGGGCCCCACCUGAGUCACAGAUCACGGAAAG